AAAUCACUAUCAGUAAUGAUAAGACCCGCUGCUUGAGCAAGUCAUCGUGGAUGAGUAGUUCUGAGCUGCAGCGAUGAGAAAGUCCACAUUUCAAAUGACUGGGAGGGAGAAUUCUGCUCAUGCAUAUAUACAGUCCCAUGAAUGUGCCUGAAACUUUCACUUAGGAGUCUGGAAAAUAAGCAGCACUGGCACUCUCAACACUACUCCUCUGGAAAGCAGCGCGAUGGCCGUGUAUCUCCUGUUGCUCUUGAUGGCUGUCAGUGAAGUGGAAGCUACAUUCCGUCCUCGGCAGCUCUCCCCAUGCAGAGUGGUAGAAAUGGAUGUUUAUUGCAACAAUAUGAACCUGAAGCAGAUUCCUUUAGAGCUCCCUCCUGGUUUCCACAAACUAGACUUGUCUGAAAACCUCCUCCAGAACAUAACUCUGGAGCUCCUGCCUUUCAAAGACUCGGUGCAGCAGCUAGACCUGCAUUCCAACAAGAUCCAGUUCAUACAGCCGGGCCUUUUCCAGCAUAUGGACAACCUUGAGGUCCUCGACAUCUCCAGGAACUUCUUAGAUGUGUUUGCACAAUCCAAAACUGAGAUUGGGCCGUUGCCCAGCAUUAAGACCCUAGACCUCUCAGGAAACAACCUCUACACUGGCAUGACUGUCUACUUCCUGCACGAUGCGCCAGCACUGAGGAACCUCUCUUUAAGUGGGAACAGCAUCACCAAAAUAGAGGCCGACACCUUCUCGGGCUCGCUGGCUCUCAGCAGCAUUGACCUCCACAACAACGUGGUCCUGGAAAUAGAAGACGGGGCCUUUGAGUCUCUGCAGAACCUGUCCGAACUCAACCUGUCUAUGAAUUCAAUCACCUGCAUCACUGAUUUCAACCUUUCUCAACUAAAGCUGCUGAACCUCAGCAAAAACAGCAUUGAGUCUUUCCAUACAGCAGAGUUAGACAAGGAGUAUGAUCUCUUAUACCUCGAUCUAAGUGAAAAUAAACUACUAUACUUCCCAGAGCUCCCGAAGAGGAACAGACUGAUGUAUCUGGACUUGUCCCGAAACAUCAUACAAGGCGUUAUCACAGGAGCAGAUGAAAAUGACUACAUUUCAUAUGGUUGGUUCAAAGCAACGAACCAGCCCUUGAACAGGACUCUCUUGGACAAUGGCGUUCCCUUUACCAACCUCUCAAGUCUUCUGUAUUUAGACAUGAGUUACAAUGAGAUCAAAAGCAUCCCAGUGGAGUUCUUCAGCAGCAUGGGCUCACUGGAGUUCCUCAACCUGAGCAAUAACUGCCUUGAGAGCUUCACGAGCUCCAGCUCCAGCUCCUUAAAUUCCCUGGACACCCUGGAUCUGAACUUCAACGCGCUGCGGAAUCUGUCGUUUGCAGAGAACACGCUCAGGGCUCUGAAGCAGCUCUACCUGAAAGGUAACAAUCUCCAGAUUUUAGCACCAGAUACUUUCACCAACCUUCACAGCAUCAAAGUCAUAGACCUCCAAGAAAACCACAUGAGCGUGUGCGGGUGGUACCCCCGACUUUCCAACUGGGGCUCCACGGUACAGGAAACCGACUGCGUCUCUUUCAUUGGGAUUCCAACACUUCGUUACUUAUACCUGUCCAGUAACGCUAUCCGAUCUCUUCCCCAGUACGCCUUCAGACAGACCCCUCUUCUGCUGUUGGAUCUAUCCAAGAAUCCAGGAAUAGAAGUGAACAGCAAGGCCUUUUCUGGGCUGGAAUCGUCCUUAAUGUUCUUAUCCCUCAAUGGAAAUAACCUCCCAGCGCUGAACCCGGACCUGUCGCUUCUUACCAGCCUUAAAAACUUAAAUCUGUCUGGAAAUCUGUUAACCGGGCUGCCUCCUUGGAGUAAGGACUCCUCCUUGGAGGUUCUGGACCUGCAGAAUAAUGUCCUGAUCAGCUUGCAGUACAACGUAGUGCUAGUCUUAGAAAAAACCCUAAAGACCUUAUACCUCGCAGGGAACCGUCUAAGCUGCUGCAGCAACCCACGCUUCCUGCACAUGGUCCAGAAGUCAGUGAUUGACAUCCCUGAUAUAGACUCUGUAACAUGCCAGUAUGUGAAGAAUUCUGAGUACACAGAGAUCAGCAUCCUCAGAGUCGCGCAGGACGAAUGUGACCAGCAGGAUGUUAGAAGUAUAAGCAUCAUCAUUACAAUUACUACAGCCCUGGCACUGGCUGUGGUGCUCGUCGUGCUUUCAAAAUACUGCCAUCAGCGGAGACUGAGGCCAGAGGGCAGCUAUAAGGCCUAGAGGAAGUGAACGUUCUCAGUUGAUGUUCAUUAGCUAACAGCCUCUUUAAAAAGCCGUGGUUUCUUUGAAAGCAUGCUGACGGUUGUGAAAGUUAAAAAACUGGCGUCCAAACACGAACUGAGACUCAGUUUUGUUUUGACUUUUAUUCAGAAUAACAUUAGUGAAAGAAUGCUGUGUGUGCGAGCGUUUGGGCUUGUGUUGUCAAUAUUUAAAAUGUAUUCCCUGUAAUGUUGUUGCGAUUGGUGGUUACAGCUGAUUAAAUGCAUAGUUACAGCGAUGCAGCAUUUCACAGUAACACACCAUAACAGAGAAACUAGGGUAACACUUUACAUGAAGUGUCUCCAAUUACUGUGUAUUUACAGAGCAGUUACUUAGUAAAGGUAUGUGUACUUACACAUCAUUACAAUGUUAUAAUGCAUAGUUACAAUGUACUUAAUGUGUAGAUCUUUUUGCAGAGUAUAUGUAAGCACACAGUUGUAUCAGAAAAGGGUUAGAGGUAGGGUUAGGAGGGUUAGGGUUAGGGUUAGGAGGGUUUGGGUUAAAUCGUGCAAAAAGAUUUACACAAUAAGUACAUUGUAACAAUGCCUGAUACCAUUGUAAUGAUGUGAAAGUUGAGAUGUAUUUACUAAGUAACUAUUCUGUAAAUACACAGUAUUAGAGACACUUCAUGUACAGUGUUUCUUAAACUAGUAGGCUACAUGUUUGGGAAGUAUUUCACAAGUUUCUUUUAGCAUUUCUACAUGUCUUGAGACUGUUUUAAGCGCAUGGAUGACAGUUUUUGUUGCUGUAGAUUUUACAGCAUGUGUUCUAUGCAAUGAAAUUUUGAUAAGGCUUCAUUUUAAGUUCAUACCAACGUUAUUGCCUCGUAACUUUUUAGUACAGACAACUGUAUAAAUACAAUGGUCUGUACACAUGAAUUAAUGAUGCAUUCAAGCCUAUUCAGAUUGAUGCUGAACUCACACAGCUUCUUCAUGAUCAUUACAUUGUUAUUAACGGCACUUAAACUGAAGCAAUAAUACAAUAUGAUGAAAAGAGAAGGCUCGAUUUCUUUUAACCAAAAAGACUGAACUUGACAUUUUUACCAAAUUAUGAUAUAAAACAUAUGUGUAUUGUGUCAGGUAUUGUGAAGACGCAUGUAUUUUUUAUCAAAGGCCAGUUGAAGACGUUGUUGCAGAAUUAUUAACUGGGGUUACAUGGACAUUGUGGGCAUAGCGAUUUGUCUUGUAAAUAAGUGUGUGUGUGUGUGUGUGUGUGUGUGUGCAUGUGUGUGUGCGUGUGUGUGUGUGUGUGCAUGUGUGUGCGUGCAUGUGUGUGUGUGUGUGUGUGUGUGUGCAUGUGUGUGCAUGCCUGUGUCAGUCAGAGAGCAUUUAAUUCCAUUGCAUUUAUUUGCAUUACUCAAUGUUAUCUAAGAAUAGCACUACAUACCAAUAGCUUCGUUAGAGGAUUAUAUUUAACAGUAUUGAACUAAGUUUUGCUGCUUUUCUUUUCAAUUAAGUAUUAUAAUAAUAUGGGCCCUUCUGUACAGGAAUGGGUCACCAAAAGCAAACUGUGAGAUGUUUGGUGUGCAAGUUCUAACCCCUCAGUCACAGUGUGCGCGAUUGCACAGUGUGCGCGAUUGCACAGUGUUAAGUUUCCUAUCUAGGUAUCGAUUUGAUAAUGCGUCAUGGUUUUCUUUUUUUUUUUUUAAGUUGUGGCAAGGUAACUUCUUGAACUCCAUAGAGUUCACACCAACUGUUUUAGAAUUUCUACAAAUGAAACUAAAACUCUGUGACCGAAGGGGAUAUUCACUGCAUCUGUUUCUAUCAAGUUUAAAGGCUGAUUUGAGACAAUCAUGAUGAUUUUUACCGGGUUAGCUGAUGGCCCUCACAGCUCUGUCUAUCAGUACUUUGCUGCUUUUAUAUUCACGCUUCUCUUUCCUCUCAUUAGGAAGUAGUGACAGUAUUAUGCAUUUGUUGGCUGAGGACAAUUUAGGAAAAUGUUGAAUUAAAUUUCAAAGAUGUCUUCUUGUGUUUUCUUGAGGGAGGAAAGGAGCAAUGGACUUUGAAUGUUACAUACAUUAAAUUGUAUAUUAUACUGUGCUUAUAUCGUACAUGAAGCGUUUAUGUUGUUUAAUAAUUCCAUCACAAAACCCACAAGGCCGCACCCACAUUCAACGCCUUUGCUUUUUGAAAAAGUGAUUUUCAGUUAUAUGUCAUUUCAGAGUAUUAAAAAUUAUGAAGGAUUUUGUAACAUAAAACACUACAGGCCAAAGAGGUUAUGAUGUGGAUAUACAGAGCAACAGAAGCGUUUGAAAUGAAUGUAUCAAAGAUAUGGAGUUUUUUUAAACAGAUAUUUAUAUGUUUUGUCUCCUAUUUGUAUGUAAAAAUAAAUGAUCUUUAAAAGUACUUUUUUUU